ACGGAGACGACUGAAUUUAUUCCUAAAAGAAUGGCAGUUGCUAUAGCCAUCUUGAUCUUGUUCAUAUUCCACUAUGCUUCCCUCCUUAUUAAUGCAUUCUUCAAAGGCCCAGAAUAAAAAGAGUACGUCAAUCGGAGAGUGUUCCUCUUUGGAAUCGCAGGUCUGUUAUUUAUAUAUCCAUCCAUUAGGCUUGUUGAGCAUGUCUACCAUUCAAAGCAGUGUGUUUUCAGCCAUACUUGCCUGGCUCACCUUCGUCCCCCUUGCUGUAUUACAUUUGUGCAUUUAUGACAAAUUUCAAAAUUUGAACAAUCACAAAGACACUCUCUGGUUGGCAUACUAUGGAUUACAAUUUAUUUGGUUCCUGGGGAUUAUUAUAGACUUCUAUUCAUGAUGC